UGCUUUAGUUGCCUUAAUGCUGUUGUAGAAGAUAGACACGAUGGAGAACAGAGUGUAUUUCAUAGCCAGAGAAGACUUUUGUGAGAUGGAACAAGUACAGGAUGACAGGGCAGAGGAAGAGCAGCACACAGCUCCAGUGCCUCAUGUUGAAGCAGAAAGGAAAGUCACCUUGGAGAAGGUGCUGGCGAUCUUCUGUGUUCUCCUACUGGCCGCCCUCAUAUCCCUUUCUGUUUAUCAUUUCAUAACAUUAAAUCACAAGGAGCAAGACUUGGAAGAGUUAAGAAAGUUCAGUAAUGUGAAGGACUUCUACUGUGAUGUUACAAACACAACUCACGAAAACACUUGCCCUGUAUGUAAACCGGGCUGGGUCCCCUUCAGGUCCAAGUGUUACUUCUUCUCCAGUAGUGAACUGAACUGGACUGAGAGCCGUGAUAAAUGCAUAAGAAGGGGUGGACGACUAGUGAAUAUCGAAAGCUUAGAGGAGCAGAAAUUUUUAUCAAAUCUAUAUGAGGUCAUCGAAAGUGAAGUGAUGUUUUAUUGGAUUGGCGGAGAUGACAUCAGUAAAGAAAACACAACUACCAGGAUGGACGUUGAACCUGUACAAUCCCAGAGAGCCAGUGAUGACUACAAAGGACUCUGUCUACUGAUACAGCAGAGAGAUAACAUCGUGACGAGAUCUUCCUGUGGUGUUCCUUAUAGCUGGAUCUGUGAGUCCCCUGCAUUUCUACUUCGUACUUAAACUGCUAUCAAGAGUUCCAGCCACCUGUCAGAGUUGCUGUCUUCAGGAAUCGUAAAGAUCACUUCAGCAGUAAAUCACAGAGCUGCUAGUCUGAGCAGAGUCCAGAAGGUCACCUCACUUUGCUAUGCAGGUGACAGAGGUAGUGAGUGACAAUAUACUCGACAUACAGGACUGGUAGGAAAUGAAAGCUGCCAUCUUAUUAUAAUCUCAGUGAUGGUCUGUGGAUUCUUCCCAUUUCUGACUGAAUAGACCCCCGGACCCUGAACUGCACAUGGUGGUUAUAGAUAGCAGAUGAAACGAUAAAGCUUCAUUUACAUAUGAGAAGAAAAUGCACGGUUCCUGAUUAAAAAAAAAAAAAGAAAAAAAGAAAACAAUUUUAUAUUUGUUUAAUAAGCAACACAUGCAAGUUCUUUCAGCAUUUAGGGAAAUGAGGAUUCAUUACCAACCUGUGUUUUGUUUUAAGUGAUGUGAAAAAUUAUUUACCCCCUUCCUAGUAUUUUCUGUUUUUGCAUAUUUUACACAACGCAUGGCCUUCGACCUUCACAAAAAUACAAUAUUAGAAAAAGGAAACCCGAGGUAUGAAGUUCUUAUUAUUGAAUGCUGUGUUACUUUAUAGUAGACCUAGUUGGACCUGCGCCAUCCACAAAGUUCUUGUCUGUCUUUAUUACAAGAUACGUGAAGAUGAUCCAGGUCACUCUGUGCAAUUGUGAGAUGAGCACCAAAGCUGGUCUUGGAUAGUAAAGUUUGUCUUUCUGCUCUCCAAUGAGUCCUGCUUUAACUCUUCACCAUUAAUAACAGAGUCAUGAACUCUGACCUGAGGAGGGUAGACAGCCCUGAAGGUCUUUGGAUGUUUUUUUUCCUGGAAUCCUCUAUGACUUCUUGUCUCAGACAUUCCUGCACCCUUUUGGUAGGCCAUGUUACUUUUUUUCUGAAUGUUUUUGCUUUUUGAGAUAAUAGCUGUCAUUGUGGUGUAGUGGAGUCACAGAGCCUUAGCAAUGGCUAACACUUUCCUGAUUUUAUUUUCAUUUUCCUUCAUCUCUUCUGAGAUUUCCUUCGAUCAAGACUCCAUCUUGUUCUAGAAACCUUAGGGUGAGAACUUCAUUGUCAUGAUAAGUGACAACAUAUGCUGAGGUUUAGAUUCAAUAAGGCUGGCUCUGUCUUGUUAACAGUUAUCUUUGCUCAGCUGUUUUCGUGAGUCACUAAUCAGACAAUUCUCUUGCACAUGGCAAUACAGAUGUUGGAUUACUUAUUACAAUACAGAUGUUGGAUUACUUAUUACUUCAAUAUCUUAGGCAGCAUCUUAUAAAUGGUGUUAUAUGUUUACUCUGAUUCCUGUCAUCUAAUAUUAUAAUUGAUAGAUAGAUAGAUAGAUAGAUAGAUAGAUAGAUAGAUAGAUAGAUAGAUAGAUAGAUAGAUAGAUAGAUAGAUAGAUAGAUACUGCGGAACGAGCCCUGGGCACAGACAGGCAGACAUGUUAUUUUUGCACCACCACACGUUUAUUUACACAACUACUAUUUACACUGUCCUUAAGUGCACCACAAACCCAAAUCUUCCCCAAAGUCCAGGCCAACUACUCUGCCUCUUCGGAUCGCCUCCUUCUCUCUUUCUCCGACCUUGUUUUGCUUCCACCCGACUCCAGCCUUGAAUGAAGGGAGGCGGCCCCUUUUAUCCAUACCCGGAUGUGCUCCAGGUGUGCACUGGCAAUCUUCCACCCGACACACCCCAGUGUGGCUGAAGUGCCGGCUGUCAUCCCGGAAGCACUCCAGGUGUUCCCUCUUUUCUUCCCCCCAGCACUUCCUGGUGUGGUGGAAGUACUGGGGUCCAGGGUCCUUCAGGCAGGGGGACGCCCUGUACCCGUGGCCCCCAAUACAACCAGGGCAGUUGCCCCCUCGUGGUCUGGAGGAGGCAUGAGCCCUCCUCCUGUCUCCCCGCGCAUCCCGGUCGGGUAGGAAUUCCAGCCGGGUGCCACAAUAGAUAGAUAGAUGGAUGGAUAGAUGGAUAGAUAGAUAGAUAGAUAGAUAGUCCCAAGGGGAAAUUCACAUACUCCAGCAGCAGCAUACUGAUAAAGAACAAUAUUAAAUUAAUAACAAUGCAGGUAUAACAGACAAACAAUAACUUUUUAUAAUGUUAAAGUUGAUGAAUGAAGCCAUUUGUUAUGACAAAUAUACAAAAAAAGAACAUCUGGAAGGGAGCAAAAACUUGAACAUCACUGUGUAUUUAUCUGAAUUAGAGCUGCCAUUGUGAAGAGUAUUUACCACCAUGUGACAUGACGUCUGUUCUGUAUUAUUAAUGUCCGAGUCUUAACCCAAGUUUUAUCACUUAUGGACUCUCUUAAACCAACUACUGAUGAUUUGACUUCUUAACACUUGAAUUAUCAAAGCCUACGAUAAACUCAUAAUCCCGCCCCAUCUUAAAUCUGUUCGCACCUCUCCGUCAGCGUCUUUUUGUCUUGUAAAUGUGUCGAUCAGCACAAGCACCAAGCAGCCUGCUUAUCCCAUCAUCCCACCAACGCAGAAAGGGCAAAAAGUUCUCCCUGUUCACGUCUUGUUUAUCUGCGUGUGAGUUGCCUUGAGUUGUAGAGGGUGAAUAAUAUAUUGUUUUUUGGAAUAGAUGCAUGUCAUGUGUGUUCCGUGUCUACAUCAAUCUAUGUAAACACAUUGUUAAAACAGAAACGUUUUUCAUGUUUUAGUCUUAAUUGACAAAAUCUAGACAUGAAGUGUAUGAUGUGUGAAGGGCGAAGUCCAAAUAUCAAAUAAACACUUUCAAAAAAUUUACAAGUAUAGCAAAACAAGUGUUCUUUUAUUCAAGAAUAAAACUGCAUAAAAGUAACUCGUGUUAGGGUACGACAUUGACACAACAUUACUACGACUGCUUUGGUGGUGCAAACUGCAGACUCAUAAUGAAAAUGAUCCCAGACACCUCUGUUUUGAGUAGUGAGCUGCUGUUAUUCUUACUAUUAUAGAAUCAAAACAUACAUUUGAUUUGAGUCUGAAACAGCCUGUGUAAAUUUAUGGUAAUUGUAAAAGUUAGCUUUUUGUUUUUAAUAUUGUUUUAUUCUCUCAGUCACAUUCACAUUCUCACCGUUACGACACUGUUUGUUUUCAAAUAAAGACAUGCUAUAACAGAGGUGAACUCAGAUGAGGGUGAGGGUUCUUCAUUGGAGACAGAGAACAGAAGCCCUUCCCAUAAGAAACAUCCACUCACACAUAAGAACAAUGCAGCUGCACCAGGCGUAAAGGCGAAAGAUGUCACCGUUUGGAUGCAGCAACAGGUCGGGUGUCAUCCUGCCAGUCAGUCUGCCCCAAACGUGUCCUUCAAAGAGAAAAAGCAGGGCUUACAGAGCUUGCCAAUGUAUUGUGCAAAAUCCUGUUUGUAAUUAUUUUUUCUGAUGGUCUUUAUAUAAAAAACAUUUAUAUGUUACUUAUAUAAAAGCCAAAUCAAAAGUUAUUUACCUUGAUUCAUUUACUUCCUACAAUGUAAAGUCACAAGUAGACUGCAGACCUUCCCAUAUUUGAUCAACACAAGGAUGCUGACAAAGAUUAUGUGCACAGAAGUGACUUUAGCUGCAGGUUUCAAAGCUCCUGUCGCACUCUAAGCAAUCAUAAAUAAGUACUAUUUUCCUAAUAAAGUACAUUUGCAAUGGUACUCCUUAUUCAGGAAGAGAUCCCAGUCGUCCCAUGGGAGAAAGACUUUUAGAGACUAAAGUCAUAAAGGUUAUGAAACCGUUUCUGGACAAAAGCCAAACCGUAACAACAGGAGCUUCCUUCUGCACCUAAAUUCACUUCAUUACACAUAGUAGGCUGCUUGUGCUGAUCGACACAUUUGCAACACAAAAGACGCUGACGGAAAGGUGCGAAGGGAUUUAAGGUGGGCCGGGAUUGCUAGUUUUUUCAUAGACUUUGGUAAUUCUAGUGUUAUGAGUGACAUUUUUCUUCCCACUCUGUCACUUGACUUGAUGUUUUUAAUUCUAUUCAUGUUGAUGUUUUUUUUUUUUUUUGCUUAUGUCUCAGGUGCUGGACUCUGUAAUUUUAAUACUCAUUAUAUUUUGUUCUUCAGUAGUUUUUAUUUUAUUAUUCAGUAUAUAUUUACACUUUUGCAGAUUUAUUCUAGGGGCCUGUCUCACAAAUGCUAUUGAGUUGCCCUGUUUUGUUGUGUUGAUUUGCAUUGUAUUCUUAACUUGAGAUGCUGUGCUCUAUGAUAACAGUUUGUGCAGAAUAAAUAUGAAUUGCUUAAUAAA